UAAAUGGGAGAUUUACUGCGGUUUGUUGCAUGUAACCAGGGCCGGGCUUAUAAUAAUUUUAGUGUUAUGUAAUAUGAAGCAUUAAACUGUCGGAAGACGCAUGUGAAAUGUAGAGUUUACAAAAACGACAAACACAUCGUUUGGGGGUCUUAGUUGAAGUUACUAGACUCACUCACUAGAUGGCAGACGUCUACGAAGAGUAGCCUACAGGCAGCUGUUCGUUUACACUUGUUGCAAUGGCGACCAUCACUGAACUAAAGUGUGCUUUGAGGGAAACGCUGGAAUCCCGCGGUGUGCUGGGCCAGCUGAAGGCUCGCAUCCGGGCGGAGGUGUUCAGCGCCCUGGAUGACCAGCGUGAACCGCGACCGCCCCUGUCCCAUGAAAACCUGCUCAUCAACGAGCUCAUCCGGGAGUACCUGGAAUUCAACAAGUACAGGUACACAGCGUCGGUACUGACGGCAGAGUCGGGCCAACCCGAAGUUCCUUUGGACAGACAGUUCCUGGCAAGUGAGCUGAAAGUUGCAGAGGAUCCAAGCUCCAAGUCGGUACCUCUUUUGUACGGCUUAGUGUCCCACUUCCUGAACAGCAGUGAUAAUGGAGGGAAGGUGUUUCUGCGAGGUGCUGCUGCUGUUAACACAGCUCCCAGAACGGAGGCCUAAAAUCUGAUGGUACAACAAUGACUUGUGAAGGUGACAGACUAAAAAGAUGGAUUGACUGAUAGAUAACACCUCAGUGGAUUUCCACCUAUGUGUGUGGUUUUCACUGUUCUACAGCCAUUAGAGCAUGGAGUAUAUAAGUUCUUGUUAGCUCAGUAAUCUCUGUGUCAUUGUUAUAAAUUUCCAAAUGAUCCUUGUGGCCUUUUUUACAUUUUGUAUUUAUCAGACUCCAGCACUUCAUUUAUAUGAGUCAUAGUGAUGCUGCUUUUAGUAAUCCUAAUUGUUUUCGUCAUAGUUGAGGAUUGAGAUUACAUUUGUUGAUGCAUUUUCUGUUUCAUUUUAUAAAUAAUUGACAUUUUUUACUGUUUUUUUUUAGAGUGUAAAAAUAAAAACUUAUUUAUUCACCAA